GCUGAGAUGAGAUUUUAUCGAUCAAAAAAUUUAUUAUCUGAUAAAGUCGAAGCUGACUAUGAUAUUUAGAUUACUUCGUCCAGUAGGAACUCGAAUUCUUACUUUUCCAAAAGUCAGAGAUAUCAAUCCUGACAGCUCCUCGAUCUCAAAAUAUCUAUCCUUCUCGCAACGUUUAUCCGUGCUCUGCUACGAGGUCAACCAUGGCAUCAACAGUCUCAUGAGAUCCUGCUGCGCUGGGACUAUACCCGUCGUAUCAGCGGCUGCCUCUGUGAUCCAUUCGAGCGCGUUUGGAGCUAACUUGGGCUCGGAUCAUUAGUGAAAACGGCUGUUACCUUCCGGAUCUUAUCUGCAAUGCUCCUUGCCUCGUAUGAUUUUACAUAUUAUCCUUGCACCAAACACAAGGCAACUUCCC